AUGAAUUUGUCAAUAAAGUCAGUCUCAUUGGUUUGCCAUCGUCUCGAGUGCAAUACAUUGAUGUCUAUCAGAACGUUUAUAGCCGUCGAAUUGUCGUUAUUUUGUUCAGAUAAGUGGUCUCCAGCUCUGCAGAUUCGCACGGUGCUUCUGUCGAUUCAAGCACUUCUGUCAGCACCGAAUCCAGACGAUCCACUGGCAACGGAUGUGGCUGAACAGUGGAAGAAUAACGAAAGUGAUGCGAUUCGCACCGCACAGGAAUGGACUCGUGUUCAUGCGAAUGGACAGUAA